UUAUUAUUGAUAACAAGAUAUACAUAUAUAUAUAUAGAUAUAUAUAAUGUCCAAGUGUUCGCGUUUGGAACGGGAGAUAAUUCUAUUGCGCCAGGAGCUGGCCAUAACCCGAUUGGAUCGCGACGAACUCUAUCGCAAAUUGGGCGAUAAAAAGUCACAUUUGGAUUUGGGAAAGCGAGUAAAAUCGAAUCCAACCAAUCAGGAUUUGUACAUUGCCUAUUUGGAGGAGCAGAUACAAACGACGCGGCUGAAAUACAAGAAACAAAUGGGCGAUGUCAAAUCCAGUGCCGGACUCUUGGAAACGAAGCUGCAAAAUGUGCGGCAGGAGAUGAACUGCAUCACGGCCAAGGCACACCAAGUGGAUGAAUUGGAAAAGACGGUGACAAUACUAAAGGCCAAACUGCAACGACGGGACGCGAUUAUAGCCCGAUACAAUGAACAACAUGCCGCGUUCCUGGGACUAAUUAAUAAUUUGGGCCAGAAUUCAGUUGAGGCAUUGAGCGCUGAACACCAAAUGAAAGAUCAUAGCAAAUCCGAGAGUGAAAUUCAGUUAAGAGACGAUCGUGUUGACGAUAGAAAGCAAUUCUCGAAAUCAUUAUUAAGCUUUCCAUGCCUGGGCUCAGCACUCAAGCACAAACUGAAGCGGAAACCAGAUUAAAACUCUUAAAUGAUUCCCAGGCUGAAAUAUUUCCUUCUUUUCUUUUAUCAAUUUACUUUUAAAUUCAUGGAUUGUCAACAGUAUUAUGUGUGAUUAAAGAUUUGAUAUUUUA